AUGUCUAACAACAGUUUUAUGAAAGAAGUUGAAUUACAAGAAAUUCAACCGAAAACUAUUCUUUCAAAACUUCCAUUUGAUAAUAAAAAAUGUCCAUUAAUUUUAUCUGAACAAGGUAAUGCAACAGCUUUAUUUCGUUAUUCAAAUAGUGGUCCAUUUGUUGAAUUAUUCGAUCCAUUUAGUACAAAUCUUCUUUCGGCUUUAAAAUUUUCAAUUAUUCAAGGAAAUUUUUGUAUAUUUAACUUUGGUUGUAUUGAAAACCUAGAUCUCAUAUCUCCAAUGUUAGAUAGACUUAAAGAACGUUGUUUAGAAAUUCAUAAAGAUCUAUACAAUCAUAUUAUUAAUAAUACUCUUAUGAAACAAUCAUUUGAUUCACUUCUGAAUCUAAUUCCAUUUGAUCCACACACUGAAUUAGUUCCAGAAAUCUAUGAAAAUAGUAAAACAACAUUUCGUAUACUUUUCUUUGUUCAAAUCAAUGAUAUAUCAACAAUAAAAAAACAACGUAAUGGUCCAAUUUUGUCAUUAUUUAAUUGUAUAUGUAUUAAAUCAUAA